AUGGAAUCAUUAUUAUCGGAUCGAGCUACGAGAAAAAUAGGGGCUCUCGAAUUCGCAACAACGGUUGCAGAAUCAUGCUACACAAUACUCGGGCAAAAUGUUGGUCCUAGCGUCUUUCCAUCGAAUUGUCAUUAUAAUGCGGCAGUCAAUGGAUUGUCAUUAGAGCAGCACGACUUCCAGUAUCUACUUAGUGCCUCUGCGGACUCCUCAAUUAAGUUAUGGGAUAUAAAAAAUCUGGUACAAAAUGAGGCAACAACGUCUAAUAAAUUAGAACUUCAUGAGGAUAUGGAUUUAAGCGAUGAUAACCAAAAACGGACUUUUGUUAAUUUAGCAACUGUUCCCCGAAAAUCUGUACAUAACUUUGGUAUUUCGUGUAUUCAAUGGUGGCCAUUUGAUACGGGAAUGUUUAUUUCUUCAUCAUUUGAUCACACAGUUAAGAUAUGGGACACUAAUCAAAUGCUUCCUGUGCAUUCGUUUGAUCUAGAUCACAGAGUAUAUUCGAUUGAUAUGAGGGGCGACGAAACCAAUAGUAUGAAUGCGAGCGCACUUGUUGCAGUUGCAAGUGAUCACCAGUUUAUAAGGUUGUUGGACUUGAGGUCUGCUUCUAGUGCUCAUACUUUAGGAGGUCAUAAGGGCAAGGCUCUAUGCGUAAAAUGGCAUCCUAGAGAUCCUAAUUUAUUAGCAUCCGGCGGCUUUGAUGGUGAAGUAAAAGUGUGGGACAUUAGGCGAAGUAAAAGUUGUUUGUGUCGUCUUGACAUGCUCAGAACUAGUUCUCAAAAUCUUGUGACAGAUAAUUUGACUAAGCUGUCCGUUAAAGCACACCUGGGACCAGUAAAUGGUUUGGUAUGGGAUCAGUCAGGCAAUUCAUUGAUUACAGCUGGGAAUGACGAUAAAGUGAGAGUGUGGGAUAUGGUUCUAUCACUAGCGCCCCCACUAAACAAGCUUAUCAACUUCGGACCUUUGACGAGAAAUAAAUAUACACAAUCAAUUCCUCUUGUUUUGAGUUCGAAGUAUGAAAGCGAAUUACAGUAUCUUCUCUUUCCUUCGGAUAACAGUGAUAUUUUUGUAUUUCGAACGAUAGAUGGAAAGAUGGUUUCACGGCUAAGUAGAAAAGGUUCAAAGAAUAUAGGAAGAACAACAUCGAUGGUUCAUUGUGGUCCGUUUCUGAGUUCUUUUUUAUGUGGCACAGUCGAUGGUGAAAUAAUAUCGUGGUCGCCAAAGUGGAAAGCUCCGGAUAUAUCAUCCCUAUUUUAUGAUCCUUAUGAAGACAAAAACGCAAGAAAAGUGGCCUCAGGAGCUAUAAGAGAACAAUUAGAGAAGGAGGCACGCCAUAUUUUGGAAACUGACCCAUACUUUAAAUAG